AUGGUCCGCGUUAUUACUUCCACCGCCGAGUUCAACGAGCUCAUCGCUUCGGGCAAGAAGGUCAUUGUCGACUACCAUGCCACCUGGUGCGGUCCCUGCAAGGUCAUUGCCCCUAAGUACGAGAUCCUCUCCCAGGAGUUCACGGAUAUCGAGUUUGUCAAGGUCGAUGUUGAUGAGCUCGGUGAGGUCUCUGCCACCGCCGGAGUCCGUGCCAUGCCCACUUUCCAGACCUACCACAACGGCGCGAAGGUCGGCGAGCUCCUCGGUGCCGAUCUCAAGAAGCUCAAGGAUCUCGUUGCCAACGUCCAUGCUGCUUAA